CGUCGUGUUCCAAAGACUCGUGCUCGCCUUCCCGCGAGGCAGGGUCCUCGAGAAAAGAGGCGUGGAAAUCGAAACACGUGAGUGUGUAUCAUUUAUUAUGGGGCGACAACAAUUACGUAUCACGUACAGAGACGUUAAUUUCAUUUCGCGACCGAUGCCCACGACUGAACAUUGGUCGGCGGUCACGUGUUACGGAGCCUCUCGGAAAAUUUCGAUUGUCUAACUAUUUCCUAGGCCUCUAGUGUGUUUUUUCUAGGACGAAUGGAAUAAUUCCGGCUCCUCCGGCAAAUUCCAGAACGCGUGUCCCAUUCCUUCGUAGAAAACGGCUCGGCGCACAUCGAGGCACUGUCUUCCGAGCCGCGAGUCUACGCGAUGGUCUCCACGAUGGGCUCCACAUGGGAGGACUUCUACGCGAAGCACCCACCACCUCAGGACCUGGUGCAGAACGAACAGGCGUUGAGGGAGUUCACCAGGAAGCACUUCGAGACGGGCAACAAGGUGGUCCUGGUGACGAGUGGAGGUACGACGGUGCCCUUGGAGCACAACACGGUGAGAUUCGUGGACAACUUCAGCGCGGGCACGAGGGGCUCCAUUUCAGCGGAAUACUUCUUGGAGCAUGGAUACGCGGUGAUUUUUAUGCACAGAGUCAAAUCUCUGGAACCAUUCUCGAGACACUUUGUAGGUCAGAAAUUUUUGGAUUUACUUCAAUUAUCAGAUGAUAAUGAGAAUCCUGUCAUCACAGUGUCACCAGAACACACGCAGAAGGUAGCAGCGGUGCUACGAAAGUAUAGAGAGGCGUUUGACCAGGACAAAUUGCUGCAGCUCACUUUUACGACUCUCUCCGAAUAUCUCUGGAUGCUUCGUUCAGCUUGCCAAGCACUAGCGCCCCUGGAGAACAAAGCUAUAUUGUAUUUAGCGGCAGCGGUCUCGGAUUUUUACAUUCCUUCCAGCGAGAUGUCAGUCCACAAGAUUUCCUCGAGCGGACCACCAAAUAUAUCUCUUCAAUUAGUACCAAAGAUUUUAACUCCGAUAGCGAGCCUGUGGGUACCAAAAGCAUUUGUAGUUUCAUUCAAAUUAGAAACCGAUGAAAACUUGCUGAUUUCCAAGGCGAGAACUGCUCUCAACAAGUAUCAUCAUAAUCUUGUAAUAGCAAACAUGUUACAAACUAGAAAGCAACAAGUGAUAAUUGUGAACAAGGAGACUGAUUACGUCCUAUCUCUUACAAACGAACAAUUAGCCAAUGGUGAUGAAAUUGAACAAUUAAUCGUACGAGAUCUUGUUGAGGAGCAUAUAAAGUUUAUAUGGUCCACAGAAGUUAGUUGAUCAGCUUGUUUCAAGCUGUAAAGCAUUUUUUAUUUUUUAUAUAUAAAUAUAAUUAUCGCAAUUAGACGAGUUUUGGCAUAGUAAUGGGAAUACUCAGGUUUAGUAUAUACUACUUGUAUUGUAUAUACAUAUCAGCGUUGUAAAGUAAUACAAAUGUACAGAAUUCAGUUACAAGUACCACUAUUUUGCGCAACAAAUAUACAUUCACAUUUUUGUACAAAUUAUAACGGAAGGUCUGAGCAGUUGAAAGCAAGCUAUAUAUAUUUCUUAUUAAAAUAAACAAUUUACUAUUUUAUUGAUCUAUGUA